AUGAUUGAAGCAGCGCAGUAUCAUAUCACAACGGAAAGCGUCAUGCUGAGCAGGGAUGAAGAGCCAACUAUCUCUGGAAUGACUGGAAAGCAGUUCCAAAGGCGAUUGAUGAAUCUAUUAACAACGGAUCCGGCCGAAACAGGCGGCUUUCCAGAAGCUCCUUUAGCUUAUGAUGCUGUCUGGGCUGUUGCGCUAGCAUUUAACUGCACGCUUUCUAAGCUUCGAUCUGGAAGAAAACUUGAAGAUUUCACUUAUAAUAAUACUGCUAUUGCAAAAAAAUUAUUUACGUGCGUCAAAGAUACACAGUUCCGAGGAGUAUCGGGUCAGGUAAUGUUUAACGAUCUUGGUGACCGUAUUGCACGAACACAAAUCGAGCAGCUACAAGAUGGGAAAUAUCAAAUAUUGGGCUUUUAUGAUACAACAACUCUUCGGCUAGAUUGGUACGGCAAGGAGAAAUUUGCAACGGUAAAUGGUUUACCGCCCCCUGACUCGACCCUCAUUAUGGAGUCACUGCUUGCCGUUGAUUUAGAGGUGUAUUUAAACGAAUUAAGCCGAAUUGCAAUAGCCGCCUUUACUUCAUCAACACUGCCAGUUCGUGAAUGCUGUUUAGCUUCCGCAGAUGAAGAUUUAUUGGUGGUAACUAAUUCAACCACAGUAGCUUGUACCGGGCAAAAGUCAACAAGGUUCCCGCAGUUAUAUUAUGCAAUUGCGGUGCUGGCUGCAAUAGGAAUUUUUGUCGCUUGCACAAUAUUUAUAUUUAAUUUCAAAAAUUCUGAAAAAACGAUAAUAAUGCAGUCACAGCCCCAGUGCAAUAAUAUACUGUUAGUUGGAUGCAUCCUAUGUUCACUAAGCUUAUUGUUGCUUGGACUACCGGCACGAGGAAUCACCAUCCCGAAGCAUUCAUUCACACUGCUCUGUCAUGUUUGUCUUUUUUUUGCGAACCACUUUUAA